AUGCACACUCACGCCUUGCUUCUUCUUCUAUCACGAAUUAUUUCUAUUUCCCAGGCGUUAACACCGUUGUUGGAACGGACUGGCAAGCGGUUGAAUGAAUUAGGUGCUGCGUAUGUGCAGCUCCGCAAUGUCAGAGCCAUGCUAUUCUUAGAGACCGACAAGCUGGAUCUGUCGUCAAUGGUGGUACAGAAACUGAAUCCCAUUGUGCUACUGCACCAUCUCUUCACGCGAGCCCCGGAAACAAUGCCUUCGCCGCAUACGCUCAUGCAGUGUUCUGUGGUACAGUACGCACAGUGGAUGGAUGGGCGGCCCGAUCGCGAAGUGCUGGGUGUGAUCCAAGGGAGCGUAGAUACAUACACCAAUGCCUGCAUGAAACGGGGCGACAAGGAGUUUUCCCCUGUGUAUCCCUUCAUGGUGGCACUAUUGAGGAAAGAGGCUGUACAACACACACAGGUCGAUGCCAAAUAG